ACACGAGACAGCGACGUGCUCUCCACCUGCCCGUUAGCACGCGACCCCACCACUCGAAACCCUAAUUUUCUCAGAGAAUAACCAAGAAAGAAAGAGAGAGUGUGUGAGUACAGUAGUAUAAAGAACAGAAAAAUGUUAGCUUCCCAAUUCACUGCAUGAUGAGCGUAUCAGAACAUAGGAAAAGAUGGAGGUUUUACAAUUAAAUGUUCCAGUAGUAACUUUUACUGAAUUUGAUAUUAGGUCCGUGAGGCUGAGGGUACAAUGAAUCCGUUGACUUUCAAACGGGUUGCCCUUUCAGAUCGAUACAACUCUUUGAGCUAGGUUCAAGACUUACUUCUUAUCAGGGGCGAUAGAUUUUAUUCUACUGAUAAAGUAAUCAAGAAAGUUAAAGGAGGCAAAGGUCAAUCAUCAAGAUCUGUGUUUCUUCAUUAAUUUCCAGCUGAAUUGAUCCAAAUUUCAGCCAUGGCUAAUCCGUGGUGGACAGGACAGGUUGGGUUAACGGGGUUUGAACCGGGGUCUCUGAUGAAAAAAAGUGAAAGAGAAUUAUUCAUCAAUGAACGAAGUGGAGGAAGUAGCAGCAGAGGCGAAGAAGAGAGAGACACAGGAGACGAGCCUAACGAGGGUGCUGUAGAGGUUGGUACUCGUAGACCUCGAGGCCGACCAGCUGGAUCGAAGAACAAGCCAAAGCCACCAAUAUUUGUCACCCGAGAUAGCCCAAACGCGCUGCGCAGCCACGUCAUGGAGGUGGCUGGUGGAGCAGAUGUGGCGAAAAGCAUAGCCCAAUUCUCUAGAAGGCACCAACGAGGCGUGUGUGUAUUGAGUGGAAGUGGAUCAGUAGCCAAUGUCACAAUCAAACAGCCGACUGAGCCAGGUGCCGCGGUGGCUCUCCCUGGAAGGUUUGAAAUUCUAUCACUAACCGGGGCUUUCCUCCCAGGCCCAGCGCCGCAAGGAGCCACUGGUUUGAAGGUGUACCUAAUAAUAACUAAUGAUUACAAGAUUCAUGUGAUUUAA